AUGCUGAUGCGCGAAAAUAUGAAGCAAUCUAUGCUACAAUCACUAAACAGAACUUCUUUAGAUCUCUCAAUAAGUCCAAAACCAAGACACAAACUCUCCCCAGAAACUCGAGACGGUGGAUUUGUUUGUGGAGAUUGCGGAAGGACGUAUAAACUAAAAAGCUCCUUACGAAACCAUCAAAAGUGGGAAUGUGGUAAAGAGCCCCAAUUCAAAUGCCCCUUUUGCGUUUAUAAAGCCAAGCAAAAGAUGCAUAUGGCUAGACAUAUGGAAAGAAUGCAUCGUGAAAUUGAUUAUUCGUCUGUUAAAUCCGAAGUAAAAACUGAAGAACCAGAAAGUAGUCAAUCUAUGGGAGAAAAUAAAGAAAUGGAGAUAACUAGUGAAAGUAACAGUGUUAGUAAUAUGUAA